AUGAAUCCAGAAUCGAAACCAAAAUCGUCCGACGAAAAGCCGAAUGAACUGAAAUUCGACGCCACCACCUCCGCCGGAGCCGAAGUUAGUCAACACGGUGGAUAUGCCCCAUAUCCGAAGCUCCAACCGGAUGAUGUCGUGCCGGUCGCCGAUACUUGGAGCCCCGCUUCAUCGGCACCGAUCACCGGGGACCCUCCGCGCUCUACGAUUUCUGAUCAGAUCCCAGGCUAUACUAGCGCCACCACCAUGCCGCCAGAGUCUAAUCCCUAUGUCUCCGCGGGUCCAGCUCCACCUUCUUCCAUGAAAAAUAACUUGGACAAGGUCAAGAAUGUGUUAGGUCAAUGGGGGAAGAAGGCUGCAGAGGCAACUAGGAAGGCGGAGGAUUUGGCCGGAAAUAUGUGGCAGCACUUGAAAAUGGGUCCAAGUGUCGCUGACGCAGCUGUUGGAAGGAUAGCACGGAGUACUAAGGUUUUGGCUGAAGGUGGAUAUGAAAAGGUCUUUCAGAAUUCAUUUGAAAAUAUCCCAGAUGAGAAGCUGCUCAAAUCUUACGGUUGCUACUUGUCUACUUCUGCGGGCCCCGUUGUUGGUGUCCUCUAUGUAUCAACCGCCAAGGUAGCAUUUUGCAGUGAUAAUCCCCUUUCAUACAAAGUCUCUGAGGAGGUCCACUGGAGCUAUUACAAGGUGGUUAUCCCAUUGAAUCAGCUGAAAGCAGUUAAUCCCACAAUAAGCAAACUAAAUCCAGCUGAGAAAUAUAUCCAGAUUAUUUCAGUUGACAAUCAUGAGUUCUGGUUCAUGGGAUUCUUGAACUAUGAUAGUGCUGUGAAAAAUCUGCUUGGGGCGUUACAAGCUCAUCACUCUUCAUAG